UCAAAUGAAUAAAUUAAUUAUUUUUCAAACCCCAAUUUGUACCCACAAGAAUUCAACUUCAAACCGCGUCUGCAUUUCUGUUCAAACUUCCGAUUUCCAAGAAAAUCUCGAACCCCAGUAAAUCUCAGGCACCCCCUUUCUUUUCUUCCGUCAAACCCACCAGAAUCUCCGCCGCCGCCGCCACCGCCGCCGUGAGCACGUCUCCAGAAAACCCAUUUCUUACAUACUCUCCUCAUGGCGCCGGAAAACAGCUCCGGUUCAGGUUCAAGCAACCCUAGCAUAACCGGAGUGCUGACUCACGGCGGUAAAUACGCGCGGUACAAUCUGUACGGUAACUUAUUUGAGGUCUCCUCGAAAUACGUCCCUCCUCUCCGACCACUCGGCCGUGGCGCCUAUGGCCUUGUCUGUGCUGCUAUCAAUAAAGAGACUAAUGAAGAAGUUGCAAUCAAGAAAAUCGGCAACGCAUUCGAUAACAGAAUCGAUGCCAAAAGGACUUUGAGGGAGAUCAAGCUCUUACGCCACCUGGAUCACGAAAAUGUUAUCGCUAUAAAGGAUAUUAUAAGGCCACCGAAAAGGGAUGCAUUUAACGACGUGUACAUAGUCUAUGAAGUGAUGGACACUGAUUUGCAUCAGAUUAUCCGAUCCGAUCAAGAACUAACCGACGACCAUUGUCAGUAUUUUCUGUAUCAGCUGUUAAGAGGAUUGAGAUACGUGCACUCGGCAAAUGUGUUGCACCGUGACCUAAAACCGAGCAAUUUAUUUCUAAACGCAAAUUGCGACCUUAAAUUAGGAGAUUUUGGAUUGGCUAGGACAACCUCGGAAACAGAUUUCAUGACAGAAUACGUUGUGACGCGUUGGUAUAGAGCACCCGAAUUGCUACUUAAUUGCUCAGAAUACACAGCUGCGAUCGACGUAUGGUCCGUCGGUUGCAUUUUUGCCGAAAUAAUUACAAGAGAGCCCCUCUUCCCUGGUAAAGACUAUGUUCAUCAACUCAAGCUCAUUACCGAGCUAUUAGGAACUCCUGACGAAGGGAGCCUUAAAUUUCUACGAAGCGAGAACGCGCGAAGAUAUGUGAAACAGCUUCCUUUGUAUCCUAAACAAAAUUUCGGGACAAGAUUUCCUAGUAUGACUCCAUUAGCUUUGGAUUUGCUCGGAAAAAUGCUCGUGUUUGAUCCUAACCAACGUAUAACUGUCGAUGAAGCUAUAUGUCACCCAUACUUGUCGUCUCUUCAUGAUAUAAACGACGAGCCGAUUUGCUCCACCCCUUUUAAUUUCGAUUUCGAGCAGCCAACGAUAACCGAAGAAAAUAUCAAGGAUCUCAUUUGGAGGGAGUCUCUUGUAUUUAAUCCGGAUCCACUUCAUUAAUCAUAUUUGUAUUUGCACUCUUAUAUUUUCUGUAUAAAUAAUAAAUAUGUAUUAUUUUUUUUUU